GCGCCAUGUUUUAUGAACAUAUGAAUACAGGAAGAUAUAAAGCAUUGGACGCCUGACCGGGUAUCUGUGCCAUCGAUCUCAACAAACCACAGGUACCAGUCAUGGCUGCAAUCAAGACUGUGGGCAUUGUUGGAACUGGAGUCAUUGGAGCAUCAUGGACCGGCCUCUUUCUCGCAAAUGGUCUGCGUGUUCUUGUCUCCGAUCCGGCUCCAGGCUCUAAGCAGAAGCUCGACAAGUAUCUCCAAAGCAUUUGGCCCGACCUGAAGAAGAUCGGUCUCGCACCUGGUGCUUCACUUGACAACUACCAGUUCGUUGGAACCAGUCUGAAGGACCAUUACUCGAAGAUCGACUUUAUCCAAGAGAAUGCACCAGAGAAGCUAGAGCUCAAAACAAGUCUGCUGGCCGAGAUCGAUGCAGCUACGCGCCCCGAUGUGGUGAUCGCGUCUUCAUCCUCUGGACUCCCAAGCUCAAAGUUCAUCGGGAAGUGUACGACCAAUCCCGGACGAAUCCUUAUCGGCCAUCCAUUCAACCCACCGCAUUUGAUGCCCCUCGUCGAGGUAGUUCCACACCCUGAAACCAGCCAGGAUAGUGUCAAUACCGCUAUUGCCUUCUACAAGUCGUUAAACAAGAGCCCUGUCGUUCUUCACAAAGAGGUGCCUGGAUUCGCUGCCAAUCGCCUCCAAGCAGCGCUGUGUAGUGAAGCAUACUCCCUAGUCAGCCGAGGUGUAAUUUCGGCAGAAGACCUUGAUCUUUGCGUGACCAAUAGUUUGGGCCCCAGAUGGGCGUUGACGGGCCCACUGAUGUCAAAUGCUAUGGGAGGAGGCGGAGGCACUGAUGGCUUCAGACAUUUGCUUGAACACUUGGGCCCAGCUAGUGAGGCUUGGCUCGCGGAUAUGCGAGAGCAUGCUUUCAUCUUUAACAAGAAGAGUCUGGACGGACUCAGCGCUAGUGUUGGCGAAGAGCUCGAGGGCAAGGACGUUCAGAAGCUUGAGGCUGAACGUGAUAGACUCCUUGUUGAGAUCCUGAAGCUCAAGGCUGGCAAAUAG